AUGUUCAAUCCCUCGGUCGGAGAGGGCGGUCCGGCCACCGCGACAAGAUCUCGCCGUCGUCAGAGGCCCAAGAGCUCUGACAGCCUCGUUCAGCAACCAAAGGCUAAGCGCCAACGCCUGCCUCUCACCGAGCAAACUUUUGUCAACCCCGAUGUACAACCAGAAAUGGUCGAGGCCGCCAAGGCAGAUAAGAUCGCGUCCUUGGACCCUAAGCAGGAUUCCCCUUCAGAGAAUUUUCAUCCAACGCCUCGUAAAGAAUUGAACGUGCGAGCAAAAAAAUCAAAACAUGGAGAUCGUGCCGCCAAUAAGGGCGAUGGUAGUCUCGUACUGACGAGCACGAGCGCAUUCACCGUUUCGAAAUUACCUGCCUUGCCAGACAGAAUACGGUCCGACUGGUCAGGCAGCCAACAGGCCGAUAUAUUCUCCAACCCUGGAUACGCUCUGAGCCUGACAGCAGCACAUGCCAUCGUUUGGGCUUACAACUCGACUUCACAAUCUCCCGAAACCUUCACAUUCACCCUGCCGUCUGCAUCAAAACCAAGCGAUCCGCUACCCGUAGGAUGUCUUGUCUCACCCUCGGCGUCAUCCACAGAACCAGGUCUUGUCGUUGUCAUGUCUGGGAGUGGCAAAGUCGUCUUUUGGGAAUCGAUAUCCAGCGCUGCCACUUUUGCCUUCAUCAAGAAGGACCGCUCUGGAGUCGAACAUGUGAUUUCUGGAAUGUCUUCAGGGGAAAAGGUCGUUGGCAUUACCAAUGCUGAAUCUGCAGGUUUUGUGUUGACCUUUAACACGGGAAGACUGGCGUACAUGAGCGUUCGAGACAGCCACGGACGGCCAGCGAUCUCGGUACAAUUCCUAAGAACAAAUCUUUCACCGACUUCUGGAGGUAUCUUUGGAAGCAUUCGUCACGCAUUUUCCCAUUUGUCUCUUCGAGGCGACAUCGCCGCGGUCAGAGCCGACAGAUCGUCGCGCGUUGGAGAACGAAAUAUUGUCGCGUUAACUAGCAAAGGUAAACUGCAAGCUUGGAGAAUUCAUCGAGGCGGCCAUAAUGAACCAAUUGGCGAAGCGGACAUGCGGGAUCGACUGGUAUCCGCGCUUCAGGAAAACGACCCCUUCAGCAAAGAUUUCCCGGCCGAAUCUUUCGAAGCCUUGGACUGUACCUAUGUUCCCAAGGGUCUCGAGUCCAAAUAUUUGGAGCUCAGCAGAUUAAGCGAUGCAAUGGCAACCGAUAACCCUUUGGUACAACACCUAUUGCUGCUGGUGUGUCUGACUCGACGAAGUGUCUCCAGGUAUGCACUGGUGGAGGUGAUUUUGACCCCCAAGGACUGCCAGGUGGGAAUGAUACGUCCAAUUACCUCGUAUUCAACCGCCAUCACCGCCUCGGAUCCGAAUCAAACCAUCAGACCCCGUGUGUACCUGCCUCGACCUGCUCUGGUAGCCUUUGCUGUUUUCGACCGCGCUGCCGUAAUUGCGUCCGUCGCCAUUUCCCCCGAAUCGCCAGACUCACAAUUACAAUCGGACAAUCACAUCCUGACGCCUUCCUUUGAGGACGUGGUUGACUUUCGGGAAGAUAACAUCCACGAAAUUGUUGGGUCAGGCUUUGAAGAACUAGCGCCGUCCUCUGGCCAUGAAGAGAGCCGCACCAUGCGUACCAAGAUCAAAAAUCCUGCUGUGGUGCUGAUGGUGCGCGGCGCUGGCGUUGUACGCAUUGUCACGACUGAUGUAGACAAGUUUGCGAGCGAACAACCCCCCAAAGUAUCAGCUAAAAGCAAGUUAGAGCAAGCCGUGUUCUUUGGAGCCAAGAAGGACACUCCCCUCAACUUUGACAAGCGACAGGAUAUCAAGUUUACCAAUGAGCAGAUGUGCGAGGCCGCCCUUCAAGUUAGCCAUGAGAUUCUCAGCUCCACCACCACGUAUAUAUCAACACUUCCAGCAUCUGUAGAGGACAAUCUUUUGGCCCGUUCCAAUGCCCUGCAGAGACUCAUGCAAUACCUCAAUACUAUUGGCGCUGACCUAGAUCGCAAGACGCGGUGGAAUCUGCUUUUUAAUGCAGAAAAGAUGCAGGUUGCCGCCAUGCUGUGGAAACGCCACGAGGUCUUUACUGCCGCUCGACCGGCCGAAGACAAGAAGAGCAUCAUUGGGUGGAUCGUCGAAUUCAUUCACCAGGACCACAAGAGUAACCCCAUCGCCAGCAUUGGAGAGGUCGAUCGUGUGCGCCAUUGGUUUGUCAAUGACGUUUUCCGACUUGAACUAUUCGUUGCUUUUGCAUAUCAAGUUAUCAAAGCCCUCUACACCGAGAAGCUGCUGGAUGACAUCAAGCUCAAUGUUCUACUUCGCGAAGCUGUGGAAAUCAACAUUACCGCACAGGCCGGGGCACACGAGUUUCGCAAGAGAAAUCUCUCCUUUUACGGACUUGGAAAGGAGCAACUGCGCAUGGGCAUCCUGCGAGAUGGCUACAAAGGAUUACCGGAACCUUGGACCGGCUGCGUACACGUGGCGACUGGUAUUAGGCGACUCUCAGAAUUGUGUGAGCAAUGGCUCAGGAAGCAUGAGCACUUACGAGAUGGCCCAAGCGAGCCCAACAUGCCGGACCCUGUCAUUGUGGGCAAGAUUUUUGACGAAUUGCCACUGUUGACAGACACGAUGCUCACGUCUGUCUUAGAGUGUGCGAGGUGGGGAAUGGUCAACUCUACCGCCAGAGCAACGGUUGAAGACUUUGCCAAGGCAUACGACACCUACAGAAAUGAUAGGCCAAUUGCCCUUGGCCGAGCCGGCAAAUGGGACCAGGCUGCAGCGAUUGCUGACAAGCACGGGUGUCUCAACGCCUUAGCCGUGAUCCUGCUUGAGCACAUGGAAGUUUUGGAGGGCAGCUUGGAAGACACAUCGCUAUCUGCUGCAGAAACCCAGAGCCUGAAGAACCUGAAGCAAGCCAAGAAGACUGAGCUGGAGGAUAGCUUUGCCAGGUACGGCGAGCCUUUUGCCUUCCCCGUCUACGAGUACCUGCUUGACAAGCAUGGCGUCGAAUCGGUCUUGGAGUUCGAUCUCGACACCCUUGGCUUCAAAACGAAAUUCCUCCGGAGCCGGCCGGAACUUGCUCGAAUUUCCUGGAUCAACGAUGUUCAACAAGAAAAGGACGUCGAUCACGCUGCCAGUACCCUGGUUGACCUAGCUCUCCAAAAUGAAGACCAAGUGUGGAAGAAGAAGAUUGAGCUCAGUCUCGGUAAACUCGCACUCUUGGCUGAAGCCGAGGCCGAGUCUAAGGAGCCUAGCUCAUUCACAGUCAAGUCUGACGAUGCGCGUCGCGACGAGCGCCUCCGCCGAGUUGACAAUGAGCUUAUUGUUGUACGAAUCCAGGAUCAGCUCUACAGCCAAAUCGCUCCGUGCACUCGAACCGCCGUCGAUAAAGCUGCCGCCCUAUCAUUUGCUAUCGAUGGCCAUAGCACCAACAUCCCUCGACGACAAAAGGCACUUCUUCAAUUGUUCUCCGAUGGAAUGGAGAAGCUCCUCGACCACCAAGCACUCCACCCCAUGUAUCUCAUUGACAUGCUGACCCUCGUAUCUCUGAAACCUGAGGCUAGGGAUGAGAUUGCGGAUCCGUUUUGGUUGGCCCUCAAAGUUGCGAAUAACAGUUGCCACUCUGACGAAAUCAAACAAGCCAAGAGACUUAUCUGGAGGAGGCUCUUCAUCCGAGACGACUGGGCUAAAAUCAAUGACACUCAACUCAAGGACGAUCGAGAGGUUGUUGAGCGACUUGCUGAGACGGAAUUGUUUGCUAUGCUAACGGACUGCAUCCGGUACCAGGACCCUCGCGAUCCCUUCCGGCCAAUGCAGCCCCAAGAAGCCCUGGGUGCCUUUACGGAUCAUUUAGACCGCCGUUUCCAGGGAUUCGCCGACAACGAGCAGUCCAAAUUGAUCGAUGCCAUGAAUUGGGAGGAUAAGCUUCUCAAUCAGUACAUGGAAAAGAACCGUCUUGCAGACUGGGUUCGAGCAACAUUCGAAGCCGCUCAGAUUGAGGUUGCCAACGCAGCCGACGAAGUCACACGGACUGGCGCUUCUGUCGAGUAG